AUGGAACGAACAAUUCAAUACGUUCAAAGCAAUUCUAAUUUCGAUUCUGUUUACAAUGCACCGUUAAAUGUUGUUCCUACACCUCCUACAUAUGUUCCAUUAUCUUCAGUAACUUAUUCGACGUGUACAGUACGACCUUCAUCACCAUUAUUUCGUCGUACUACAUCUCCUCCUCCUAGACCGCGAGCUCUACCUGAACAUGGACCUAAAUUUAAUUUUGAUUUAUAUCAAAUGAAUCCAAAUACUAAUGAAUAUGAUGAUUUUCUUUUACCUUCCAAUCGUUCAAUAUCACCAACAUCAUCUAGUAUAAUUUAUCAAUAUCCAACAUAUUCUCCUCUUUCUUCUUCAACUUCCACACCACCAACGUUAGCAAAAUUGCGACAAAUUAACGACGAACUAUGUCAUACACUCGCUCAAUCUGAGCUAAAUGAUCCACCUCCACCAGCACAAUACCAUAUUCAUCAUUAUUCUUUAUCUCAACAUUUACCACCAUAUCAAACAUAUCGUACUCGACCAACAUAUGAAGAACGUUCAUCAGCAACAGAAUUAGAAGUGUCACCAAAAUUACAUAAAGCUCGAGUAACAUAUGAAAUUCACAUGCCGGAGAAACAUCGACAAGAAAGACAUGAAGAUUAUCGAUCGUCUCGUUAUUCACCACCAUCCGAUGUCUCUUCGAAUGACAGUUCAAUGAUUAUUGAUUUAUAUCCAACAAGAGAUCAAGGUUUUGUAAAACAGAAAAGAAAACAUACUAAGAAUCAAAGUCCAUGGAUUGUUGAUGGUGUAUCAUUACGACGUGAUUCUUAUUCUGAUACGAGUAUAUCACAACAAUAUGAAAUGCCAAAAGGACUAUACUAUGGUGAUAAACCAAUUAAAUCACAUCGUCGAUCAGUUCGUAUCAAAGAACGUCCAUCAUCAAAUCCACGUCAUAUAUCACCAUAUGUUUCAUCGCGUAGAUUAUCUUCAUCUAAUACACGUGAACGUAUAUGGCAACCUCCAUCAAAAAUAAUUUCUGAAAGACGACCGAAGUAUUUUGAACCUACUUUAAAAUCUGAAUAUGAUACAACGACUAGGAAACGUAUGAGUAUUGAUGGAACAGAAUCUGAGCCAAUAUCACAGAGGAAAACAUCACCAAGUCGAUUUAGAAUACGUAAUGGGGAUCCAAAACUUAAAAGACGUAUUGCAAAUGCUGAAAGUAAAGUUAAGUCAGCUUGGGAACCAACUGUUACUGGUUUAUCUCAACGAACAACUAAAGAAACUAAACCACCAACACCUCAAUUCGUAAAACAGACAACAAUUAAUACACCACCAAAAUCAAAAGUUAAAUCUGUUCCAUCAACACCCAUAAAAAAAGUAGAGACUGCUCCAUCACCACCUCCUCCGCCGCCAAUAACUACAACUACUGGUCGUCAUUCACCGACUGAUAUACCAACAGAACCUAUUUUUGAAUCGACACCAAGAAAUCAAAGUAUUGUUAAUAAAAAUGAUGAUAGUGUUAUGGAUUUAUCAGAUAAUGAAUCACAUAUAUCAGAACGAUCCAAUAAAAAUGAAUUGCCUCGUCCACCACCACCUCAAACAGACAAGACACCAACACCACCCCCUCCUCAAAUAGAUAAGAUACCAACACCACCACCACCAGAACAACCACGAAAACCAUCAGUUGAACUUCCAAAUUCCUCACAAUUAGAACCAGAAAAAGAGACAAAAUCAAUUAUAAAAGAUGAUGCAUCAAUAAUUGAAAAAGACAAAGAAGAUAAUCCUGAUACACAUCACUCAUCCUCAGCUGCAACUGACGUUAACAAUACUAAGGAUGAAGAUGAUGACGACGAUGACGAUGCAUCGGAUACUCAUAAUGUACAACCAAUACCAUCAUCACCUAAAGCUUCUACAUCUGGACAAAAAGAUAACAAUAACAAUACAUCAGUAGUCGAUGAUGAUGAUGAUGAUGAUGAUGAAAAUGAUCGAGAAGUGGCGCGUAGUUUUGAUAUUAAUAACUGGCUUAAUGAUGCAUCAAAAGAGAUCUUUGGUGCUCUAAAACCAGGUAAUGCUGCUCGUCCUUCUCAACCAGCACCAGCGCCAGCACCAGCACCAAAAUCGAAUAUAAAAAGCCCACCUCGUCGAAAGCAGCAACCACCAUCACCUGCUGAAAGUCCUGAUCACAAUCUAUACAAACCUCCCUUUGGUCCAAAGAAAACCGAAAAGAAAUCAGCUGCUACUCCUUCACCACCACCAACAAAUGGAGCUGCUGAUGUUGAUGAUUUUUUUAGUUAA